AAAUAAAAUGGGAUCGAAAAAUAGCAUCUGAUGCUUGGGAAAACCUCAAAUACGCAAGGACAAAUCUAACCACAUCUCUUCAGAUUCAGAAAUCAGCACAGAUAGCUCCAAAAAUAAAACUCAUCAUGAGAAGAAUAAAGAAAAACAGAAGAAGAGUUCACUUAAAAAAUCAGCUCGAAUACUAAAGAAGGCAGAUGCUCUUGAAUUAAAAGCAAAAAGCCAUGAUGAAUCAAAGAAAAAAUCGAAAAGAAGUAAAGUCUCAGGAAAAGGAAAAUUUGGCUUAAAGAAGAAAACUACUGUUACAGGCUGGGAUUUAUUUGACAAAGUUGCCGGGAUUGAUAAAAUUUCUUCAAUUUCGAUGAUUAAAAUAAAUGAACUCAGAGAAACAGGCCUGUCUGAUGAUGAAAAUACAAAUCACUGAGGAUCAAAACCGAGACACAAAUCCUCCAGGACUUUCAAUAAAUCCCAGCACUCCUUCAAUCGAUCCAAACGCAAUCGUCCAAACUUGCCUUACGAGGGAGAAGAAGAAUACAGCAUUGAUAAAGCUUUCAGCAACUUCUCCUCCACUCGCCUUAAAAAAAGAAAGCCAGUAGCUGGCCCUCUCAGGUUAUCAAAAUUUUACACAAGAAGUCUAGUGAAGUAA